GUGCUGCAAAGCAAGCGCAGGGUAUUCUAAAGUGCUGGCAUGUCCCUGGUCGAUUACAUCAGCGCCUGUUUACAGCUUUGUGUGUGCGUGGCGAGGAAAACGUGUGCGUGAACUUUCAGAGUGGUCUGUUGUCCACUCUCCGCACAAUGCGGCACGUUAUGCAAGCGUGCAGCUAGAUAUAUCUUUCAACAAAUGCAACCUUCUAGAAACCAAAGUUAGGAUUUCCUAUUUUGCCUAAAAAAACUGACUACACAACAAUUCUGACAUCAUUCCAGCUCACGUUUGCUUGCAGUAAGUAUAUUCUACGGAUAAUAAAGGCAAAGAAGCUUUCGUAAAAUUAAAGCUCAUGUGACUCUUUAAAGAAGAUACUAUGUCAGUUGAGAAGCGUCUUGCAUUCUCCAUUGUCCAGUUUCUUAGAGAUCAAACAAGGUCAGAAGCGUUGAAUUCAGAUGAACAUGAAAGCUUGGAUGUUGCCAUACAGUGCCUGGAGACUACAUUUAAAAUUAGCCCUGAUGACACCCACUUGGCAGUUUCACAGCCUCUAACAGAUAUAUUCUUAAAUGCUCUCUUUAAGAUUGACAGUCUGUCAAAUGCAAAACUUUCUCCCUCUCCAGAAGAUGCAGAAAAAGCUGAGCAGCUGAAGAAUGAAGGAAAUAAUCAUAUGAAGGAAGAGAAUUACACCUCUGCAAUUGAAUGUUACACCAAAGCUAUAGACCUGGACCUGAAGAAUGCAGUUUAUUACUGUAACAGAGCUGCAGCUCAUAGCAAACUGGGAAACUACACUGAAGCAACAAAUGACUGUGAGAGGGCAAUUGAAAUUGACCCAACCUACAGCAAAGCAUAUGGACGGAUGGGGCUGGCACUGACUGCAAUGAAUAAAUAUACAGAUGCUAUCACUUAUUUCAAAAAAGCACUUGUUCUGGAUCCUGAUAAUGACACCUACAAAUCAAAUUUAAAAGUUGCUGAGCAGAAACAGAAGGAAGUCUCGAGCCCGACAGGGACUGGUCUGGGUUUUGAUAUGGCAAGUUUAAUAAACAACCCUGCCUUCAUAAGUAUGGCUGCAAGUGUAAUGCAGAACCCUCAGGUGCAACAGCUAAUGUCAGGAAUGAUGUCUAAUGCAGUUGGUGGUCCUGCAGCUGGUGUAGGUGGCCUCACAGAUCUUUCAAGUCUUAUUGAAGCUGGUCAGCAGUUUGCCCAACAGAUUCAGCAACAGAAUCCAGAACUGAUAGAACAACUUAGAAAUCAUAUCAGGAGCAGGUCUUUCAGUAACAGUGCCGAAGAGCACUCAUGAUUUACCCAGAAGAGAAGCUGAAGAUAUUCUGAAAUAAUUGACCAUUUCGUACUGUCAUUUUCUAGAGGACACCACCAUCAGUAGCAGUAGUGAAAUGUGGGAAUUGUUUUUAUAAAGAAGCACAUGUAUAUUAUGGCAGACAGUAUAAAAUGGUAGCUUUUGCUAGAGGUUUGAUCUCUUUGGAUGGGUAUAUUGUAUUCAGGGUAAUGUAGUAAACCUAUAAUCAACAGAGAAGGCUGAUGUCAUCACAUCAUAAUAUGAAAACACAUUUAACAAUAGUUUUAUAUGUUUUUAUAUGUUCUAGGAAUGAGUUCACUAUUUGUGCUACUACCUACUCGAUUACGUGUCUAGAUGCCAGUUACUAACCCUGGUCAAGUUAAGUUCCUUUUGGAGAAAUACAGUUAAUACAAAUGAUCUCACGCUCAUAUCAAAAUGGUACACUUUAACAAUAAUUAUACAGGAACAACUUUCAAUAUGAUAAUAACUGUACAUAAUAUCAUUACAGUUUCAGGAAAGCUAGUUCUUAGUAUUUGCAUAUGAUGUACAAGGUAUAGUACAUAAUGUGUAAUUACACCAUAUCUAUAUUGUUAUUACAAUGUAAUUAAUGUACCUGUAUUUUGAUGUGAAUUCUUAAAUUCCUAUAUUGUUGUAGGAAAUAAAAAAUAAUUCAAUUAUAAAAAAAUAAUUAAAUUACAACAUUAUUAACUGUUUCACAAUACUGUUACUUACAGUGUCUUACUAUUGCAUGAACUUCCAGACAAUACUGAGGAGCAAUUUAAUGUUAGAAAAACUUGAGUGUGUAUCAGAAGGCGCUGCCGGGGCUGACUCCAAUCUUUGUCUAAUAAAGCCUGGGAACCUCACUGCGUGCUCUUCACUAUCCACUGGUAAUUUUUUUUCUUCACAGUUGUUGUUUCUGGACGCCAAAAUGUAAAAGUAAUUAAAUACUUAAAGUGUUAUAUUUUCCCAUGACACAUGCGUGAGAGUAAACUUUAGUUUCCUUGGUUCAUUUAUUAUAGUAAAUGACUUUGAAGUUGUUAGUUUUCAGGGGUGGAAAAUUUUCCAGAAUUUUUCUAAAAAUAUAAUUUUUAUCUAACAGUUACGUUGUCACUGCUGAAGUCUCCCAUCCACAAUGAGAUUCUCUCCCAAAGCCAGGGGUGACAGUUUAGUCAAAGUGGCAAUGACCCCCAGGUACUGCUGUAUAACACAGGGAUGAAAGAAAAGGAAAAGGAAAAAGUCAGAAAUAUCAAUCCACAUGUGUCAGAAUGUUCUAGGCUAAAACAGCAUGUCAGACACUGACGGGACGUCUCUAAUAUUGGGAGGUAGGUCAGUUCAGAGUUCUGGAUGUCUUGCCCCUCUACAGUUGUUUUAUUACAGUAAUUAAUUCUGUUUGGUUAUAAACUGACAUUCUUCUGCUAUACAUUAGUAUGUAAGCACUUUAUUUUUGUUUUGAUUUAAGCUGAAAAAUGCAGUUAUUUCUGUUAAAAUUUGGCAAUGACUAAUGGUUGUGUACUUAUGAUGAGCCUAUCUGUUGUGUGUUGUUUUAGAGAAGUUUAAGAGUUGACAUUAUUGUUUAUAUAUUUUUGAAUUUUCACAUAAUAAAAGAACAUCUUUUUCUAAAUCUAGGGAUGAACCAUUUUCUGUCAUACAUUUGUUUACCUCCACUAAAAUAGAUAAUGAAAUAAAUAAUAGAGUUCUGUUUUAUGGUUAUGUACAGCUGAAUGUUGUUAGUACUUAAGACUUACAAAUCUUAAUAGCAACAUGUGGGAAAAAUACUCCUGGUCAGUCAUGCUUGUACAGUCCCCAGUCAGCCGAUGCUUGAGUAUUAUUAACACAGUGCGUUCAGGCUUUUCUGGCCUACAUCAGUUCCACCACUUGACUUGCUGUACUGCAGAUUACAAUGAAAAAGAUACUAACAAUUGAUCUGUACUCUUAGAAGAUGUUCACAUUGACAGGUACUUUAUAAAAUAGCAUUUUUUUUUGGUUAUGCCCAUAUUGUAUGUGUAUGCAUUAGUUUUUGGACAUAAACCAAUAAGUGAAGCUCUUGUUGGCCCAUGUUAUGAGCAAGUCUGUUCAGAUACGGUUCAUUUGUAGUGACCCUGCCUAGACCACAUUCACCAUCGGAUGGGUAUAACAAGUCAGCCAUGAAGAGCUGGGGGUUAAAGGGACUUGAGGCCAAAUAGGCUGGACCUGAGUAGUGAAAAAGGCUAUCAGAGUGACCAAGUGAGUAAACUCCUAAUUGGGCAUGCAGGGUGGUAGAGCUGGGGAUACUGAGGCUGGAUUUUUAAGAAUGGGACAUACUUCAGAGCAUUUCGGAAAGUAAUUUUACACUUAAGGAACCAUCACAAAAAUGCUCAUCAGUAAUAAGUGUUAUCUGAGAAUUUUACAACCCAAUGGGCUACGCUGCUGAAUGUGAAAGUGGGCUAUGUUGUGGACUGUCACUGCAAAUCAAACACAAUGGGUUGAUGACAUCAGAUGUGAAAGGCUGAAGAUACUGGAGACACAGAAAGGAAUAGUAAAUGUGUGUCUGCAGUCUGCCACAGAAAACAGGGCCAUAUGUCUUUGGAAUGUUGAAUUCUACAUCCAGCAGGAGAAAAUAUGCCACGAUUUUCACUGCUCUGACAGUGCUCAGUGUUGCAAAACAUCUCUUGGUUUGUUAGGAGUGUCUAGAAACUCUUCAAAGAGAGCCACAAAUCAUUAUUUUGAUAAAGGAUAUUGAGCCUGUACUCAGCUUUUUGCUCUGGGACUUUCUUCAGAAAGUUCGAUUCAAUGACAGUAAACAGCGUACUUGAAUGGAAGGUUUAUUUUUACUCAAAAUUAAUUGUGCAUCCUGGGCUAAUCAACACCAUUACAAGAAUAAAGAAAAAAUGCCUGUGAUCACACUGUUCAUCAUCUGGAUGUGAAGUUUAAAUAUGUAAACAAACGAACAAAAAAAAAAACACAAUGAUGGAAUGAAACUGAAGCGCCAUUCCCUGUCACAUGCGGUUUUUUGAUCCCUCAGAGCCUCAGGGUUUUUGAACCAGAAAUCCAUCUUGACAAAUAACUCAGUGUAAUUUACAGCUGUUUGGCUCAUGCUAAUUUGAAUAUUCCAAACAUAUCAAAAUUACUUUCCUAACUGUGUUUGUUUUCAUGAAUAGCAUAUAACAGUGUUCCUUUUAUAACAGGUUUUGUGUUAAAUUAACAGCAUAUCCCAUGCUUUAUUAGGGAACAGACACAGCAAAACCUGCACACCUUGAAGUUUGCAUUUGUUUUUUACUUUCUCAACCUUUUUAUUUUCAUUCUUCUACUCAUCUUUAAAUUGUAACUGUCAAAUUUAAAGUGCAGGGGUUCAAAUGCCAUUUUCAGUCUGUUUGGUUUCUGUUAGUUUUCCAUGUAUCUGUGUGUCUUCCUUUAUGUUCUGUGGGUGGUCCCCCAUGAGGCCGGGUCCACCACUGUCAAGGGAUUGCCCUCAGCCCAAUAAAGGCAGGGACAACCCACAGUCCCUUGUGGUUCAUUCCAGAUGGUGUUGUGAGGUGGCAUUACAAGUUUAUUCUGUGCUUUUGGCAGUAUUUUGGAUGUUUUAAACCAUUGUUUUUUUUGUCUUUGCCUCUUGGAUUUUGUAUUGGGAGUGAAGUUACUAUUUGGAUUGCCAAUUUUGGAGACAUUACCUCCUGUGCCUUUUGCCCCUUGCAGCUUAUUUGUGUAUUCAAUAGCAUUUUUGUACAAUAAAUGUUUUAAUUUAUAAAGCU